AUGUUAAGAGAUACUGGAGAAGAACAAAAUAAAAAAGUAAGAAAGACUCGAAAACAUCGAUCAAUGUCACAACGACAAAAAGUAAGCAGCAGUCGAUCAUCCAACAGAUCUGAAAGAUCACCAAAAAGACAUCGAUCAUCAACUAUAAAACGAACUAAUUCAUCUAAAUUAACUAAAGAGGAAAUAAAAUAUCAACGUUUUGUUCGUGAUCUCAAAAGAGAUAUACAAAUUCAUUUAAAUCAAUGUUUACGUGAAAGUCGUUUUGAUCCCUGUGGUAAACAACGUUCUCCAAUUAAUCCUUCACUCAUCUCUAAACGAUCAACGCCACUUUUCGAUUCUCCUCGAACGAACGAUUCCACUACAGCCGUCACUUCUAGCACCUAUAAUCAACAACGUUUAAUGAAAUUUUUAAAAAAUAACGAAACGAAACGUCUUACAGCCGAUGUUCAAACUCUUCUAACAGGACCAGGAUUUAAAAAUUUCUAUACACAUUUUAUUCAAUCACGACAACAACAAACCAUUCUUAAAAAUUCUUUACGUCCAUUUGAAGAGUCAAUUUUAUUGCCAAAUGAACAAGAAUAA